CAUUGGAGCUGGAUGCAGGAAGCAGGUUUAGAGUAAACAAGCGCCAGUGUAUCCUGUCAAAACUCAGAAAAGCAAGCCUUAAACUUACAAAACUGUGUUUGCUCUCAGUAGCACGUUUAUUUAAAGUCUCUCCGGCUGGACAUAAUGGCAACGUCGGCGCAGUUAUUUGAGGAACCAUUUGAUGCUGAUGAGUAUAUAGAGCGGCUGGCCUGGAGAACUCCAGGAGGGGGCUCUAAAGGAGGAGCAGAGGCAUUUGACCCAAAAAAGUUGCUUGAGGAGUUUGCGAACCACAUAGAGGAACUGAAACAGCUGGAUGAGAGGAUCCAGAGGAAGGUCGAGAAGCUCGAACAGCAGUGCCAUCGCGAAGCCAAGGAGUUUGCACACAAAGUCCAGGAGCUUCAGAGGAGCAACCAGGUUGCCUUCCAGCACUUCCAGGAGCUGGACGAUCACAUCAGCUAUGUGGCCACAAAGGUGUGUCACCUUGGAGACCAGCUGGAGGGGGUAAACACCCCCAGACAGAGGGCCGUGGAGGCCCAGCGGCUCAUGACCUACUUCAAUGAGUUCCUGGAUGGGGAACUGCGUAGCGAUGUCUUCAACAAUCCCGAUAAGAUCAAAGAAGCCGCUGACAUCAUUCAGAAGCUGCACCUGAUCGCGCAGGAAUUACCGUUCGACAGAUUUGCUGAUGUUAAGGCCAAGAUAGCAAGUAAAUACCAUGACCUGGAGCGUCAGCUGAUCCAGGAGUUCACGGCAGCUCAGCGCAGGGGAGAGAUUGGCCGCAUGAGGGAGGUGGCUGCCGUCCUGCUACAUUUCAAGGGAUAUGCACAUUGUAUAGACGUCUACAUUAAACAGUGCCAAGAGGGUGCAUACAUGCAGAACAACGUGUUUGAGGACACGGCUCUUCUUUGUCAGCGGGUCAACAAGCAGGUGGGGGAGGUCUUCAGCAGCCCAGAAAUGGUGAUGGCAAAGCUCAUCCAAAACAUCUUUGAAAACAAGCUGCAGGCACAUGUGAAGGAGAAACUCGACACCUGUUUUGCUGAACUGGAGCAAUACCUCAAAAACCUCUAUGACCUCUAUACCAGGACUAUGGCACUGGCUGCUAAACUGACAGAGUUCAACUUGGGCUCAGACAAACACACCUUCCUGUCUAAACUGAUCAAAAGCAUAUUCUCCUCCUACCUGGACAGCUACAUGGAUAUGGAGCGGCAGUACCUGCAGUCUCGCAGCGCCGUCAUUCUGCAGCGGUACUACGACUCGAAGAACCACCAAAAACGUCCACUGGGCACAGGCAGCAUCCAAGAGCUGAAGGAGAGAAUCAGACAACGCACCAACCUGCCACUGGGCCCCAGUAUUGACACACAUGGAGAAACGUUUCUCUCACAGGAGGUUGUGGUCAACCUGCUGCAGGAGACACGGCACGCCUUCCAGAGAUGCCAAAAGUUGUCUGACCCAGCUGACCUCCCUAGGAAUGCCUACUCCAUCUUCCUACUGCUGGUGGAGCACCUCUGUGUGGACCACAUAGAUUAUGCCUUGGAGAUUGGGCUUUCAGCCAUACCUUCUUCCGAUGCAAAAAAUGCCAACCUCUAUUUCCUGGAUGUGGUCCAGCAGGCCAACACUAUCUUUCACCUCUUUGACAAGCAGUUUAACGAUCACCUCAUGCCUCUCAUUAGCUCCUCCCCUAAGAUGACAGAGUGCUUGCAAAAGAAAAAGGAGGUGAUUGAGCAAAUGGAAGUGAAACUGGACACUGGGAUUGACCGGACAUUGAAUUGCAUGAUUGGCCAAAUGAAGCACAUUCUAGCUACUGAGCAGAAGAAAACGGACUUCAGACCAGAAGAUGAGAAUAAUGUCAUGAUCCAGUACACUACCGCAUGCUCUAAGGUGUGUGCCUACGUGAGGAAGCAGGUGGAGAGUGUGCGGAGGUCCAUGGAUGGCAAGAACGUGGACACGGUCCUGACAGAGCUGGGCGUGCGCUUCCACCGCCUCAUCCAUGAGCACCUGCAGCAGUUCAGCUACAGCUCCAUGGGGGGCAUGCUGGCCAUCUGCGACGUGGCCGAGUACCGUCGCUGCGCCAAAGACUUCCGGGUUCCUCUGGUUCUCCAACUCUUUGACACACUCCACGCACUAUGUAACCUCCUGGUUGUCGCCCCUGACAACCUCAAGCAAGUAUGCUCCGGAGAACAGCUGACCAACCUUGACCGGAACCUCCUGCACGCCUUCGUGCAGCUCAGAGCGGACUACCGUUCAGCCAGGCUGGCCCGCCAUUUCAGCUAAUGAAGGCUGAGGCUGCCCACACGCUGCCCAGCCUGCCCUGCAGCCGUCCAAUCAGAGCAGCCCGGCUUGGUAGACAACACAGCUACAGGCUGAUCUUUUUAUGCCUAUAGUUAAUGAAUACCCCUGGACGUAAGACUGUUUGAUCCAACCGUUAUGGAAUAUUUAUGGAUCUGACCCGUUGUGUUUUUUGAGUUUUAUUUCUAAAUUUACUUUUUGCCUUUUUCUCACCUUUUAACCCAUGAACUAAAUAUACAAAUGUGUUGUUUAAUUUGAUACAUGUUCUUCUUCAGUGUCCUUGCGUUACAGUUUUAAGGCCUGUUUUAACACAGAUGACACUCAUGUGAUUUACAUGGUACAGAGGGCUGUUUUAUUAUGCUUCCCUGGCUUCUGAUGCCAAGUGGAUGGUGAUUAAAUGAACUGCAAUGGACUACAUAAGGGAUACUGCAGAUGUCUGAGAGGUCAGAAAACUCCCUUUGCUUUCGUCGUUACUGCACCAAAUAUAUCUGCCAGUACUGGAGAAACCUCAGCAGUCUGCUUUGAAAACCACACGCUAACUCACUAAUGAGCAACAGCUAGUCUCAUUUGUUUUUCCACCAUUAUAGGGCUUAAUAGACAUCUGACAAUAAUUCUGUACUUGGUGCACAAGUCAGGGUUUAUAGAAUAUAUGCAGUCCAUUUAAUGUAAUGUAAGACUAAGCAACAAAAAACAACUACAGUACACUAUAGUGGACAGGUCACUGCUUAAAACAUGACUGAAUAAAUCAACUGAACUGUUAAACAAAAAUGUACUAAUUCUGAUGUUUACUGUCCCUAAGUGUUGUUAUCCCUCAGUCUGAAAGAUCUGAGUUUUACUUGUGACUGUGUGCCAAAAUCAGUUUCUCAUCAGAAUGUGACUGAUGUGUUUUCAGCAUGUUAUCCAUGAAGAUGUCAACCGAUAUUAUCAACAGGCUUUAAUUUGUAAUUGUAGUCAUUUUCUGUGACCAGAAACUGCCCAGGAUACCAACCGAGGAGGUUGACAGGGUGUGAGCACAACACUUCCAAAACAAUUCUAAGCCUUUCCCAAGAUUCAAAGCAACAAACACAUCCACCAUGUGUCUGAACAUUUUUACCAUUAAAAAACGAACCAAAAAACAA